CCUCUGACCUCGUGUUCUGUUGCUACAGCUCCUGGUGGAACACGUAUCGAUGACGGGGACAAGACCAAGGUGACGGAACAGUGUGUGUUCCGUGUGGAGGAGAACCACACUGUGAUCCGCCGCUACGCUCAGGUGUUCAAUAAGCUGAUCAGGAGAUAUAAAUACCUGGAGAAGGCCUUCGAGGAGGAGAUCAAAAAGCUGCUCCUCUUUCUGAAGGCGUUCUCAGAGGCGGAGCAAACCAAGCUGGCCAUGCUGACAGGCAUCCUAUUGGCCAAUAACUCGCUGCCCCCGCCAAUCAUCACCAGCCUCUUCAGUGACAACCUGGUGAAGGAGGGAAUCUCGGCGUCCUUCGCGGUGAAGAUGUUCAAAGCGUGGAUGGCAGAGAAAGACGCCAGUGCCGUCACCUCCGCUCUCAGGAAGGCCAACCUGGACAAGAAACUCCUGGAGCUCCUGCCGCCCAAUAAGCAGACGGUGGAGCACUUCUCGGCGUACUUCAACGCGGCGGGGCUCAAGGAGCUGUCUGAGUUCCUGCGCAUGCAGCAGUCUCUGGGGACACGCAAGGAGCUGCAGAAGGAGCUGCAGGAACGCCUGUCCCAGGAGUGCCCUAUACGAGAGAUAGUGGUGUAUGUGAAGGAGGAGAUGAAGCGGACGGAGCUGCAGGAGCCGGCUGUGAUUGGUCUGCUGUGGACUUGUCUGAUGAACGACGUUGAGUGGAACAAGAAAGAGGAGCUGGUCACUGAACAGGCCCUGAAACACCUUAAGCACUAUGCGCCCCUGCUGGCCGUCUUCAGCUCCCAGGGUCAGUCGGAGCUGGUCCUCCUGCUGAAGAUCCAGGACUACUGCUACGACAACAUCCACUUCAUGAAGUCCUUCUCCAAGAUCGUGGUGCUCUUCUAUAAAGCGGAUGUCCUCAGUGAGGAGGCCGUUCUGAAGUGGUACAAAGACGCCCAUUCAGCCAAGGGGAAGAGCAUCUUUCUGGAACAGAUGAAGAAGUUCGUGGAGUGGCUCCAGAACGCAGAGGAAGAAUCUGAGUCUGAGGGAGAGGAAGACUAGCUCUGGGGUCGUGUUGGCCGUGGUGACCUUUGCCCUGUGACCUCAGUGCACUGUUAGUUCCCACAGUGUCCAGCCCCCCCCCCCCCUCAGGCUCUCCAGGCUCAGUCCUCCCAGAGCUCCUCACACAGGCCAAUAGAUAAGGGCUCAGUCCUCCCAGAUAGGGCUGAACGAUCAAUUGCAUUUACGAUUUAAUCGCGAUAUGACAGAACGCGAUUUUCUAACCGCAACGUUCGCGAUUAAAAACGUGAUCUAAAAAAAAAUAAUUAUUAUUAUAAUUUUUUCUUUUUUUUUCUUAAGAUGGUAAAUUUUGCACACAGUGUUUAAAAAGUGCAUGCCUUGUGUUUAUUCUUACAAUGACUUUGUUUAAAUUACUUAAAUGCACAGUGGCAAAGCCACCGAUUUGUUGUUCUUGAUUCUGUAAGGAGCAGAUAAAUAAAAAUUUAAAUUGUGGAAAAUAAUAUUUUACACUAAAUGUGUCUAAUAUUGUGUUGGUCAUAUUGUAAUCAUUCAUUACGAUUUGUUGGGAAAAAAAUUAGGAUAAAAAAAAAAAAAAUCGCAUAUUAAAUCGCAAUAUUGGGGGGAAAAAAUCGCAAUUACAUUAUUUCCCCAAAUCGUUCAGCCCUACUCCCAGAGCUCCUCACACAGGCCAAUAGAUAAGCCUUCAUCACGCCACCCAGUGGACACUGUCUGCCAGGACACAGGGCUCUGUGGUAGAAGAUCUGCACUUGAUCAAACGCACUUGUGUAUGGAACUUGGCAAUGCUUGUUGUUCUCUUUUUAAUAAUAAAAAAGAUGUUUUGUAUGUACACUA